GUUGUGAAUUUCCAACAACAUACCUUAUGGCUGCAAAAGGGAUUGAGAUGAGUCUAGUCCUAGUACUUGUGCUCAUGCUAUGGGGUGGAGCUGCAGCUCAAACUCAAUCAGGCUGCACUAGGGUGCUCAUGGGCCUCUCCCCAUGUCUCAAUUAUGUUACCGGGAAUUCAUCUACACCUUCAUCUUCAUGCUGUUCAAACCUAGCCAGUGUCGUUCAAUCACAGCCUCGGUGCCUUUGCUCAUUGCUCAAUGGUGGCGGUACCUCUAUGGGUUUCAAUAUAAAUCAAACUCUAGCUAUGGCCCUCCCUGGUGCUUGCAAUGUGCAGACACCAUCAGUUAGCCAGUGCAAUUCUGCUAAUGGACCAACAACUUCAGCAACUUCUCCUACGAGUUCCCCUGCAGAUUCUUCUAAUGAAACGCCUGAAACUCCAACUACAACAUCAGUUCCAAGCAUUCCUUCAGGAACAGGGUCUAAAACAGUUCCAACAACAAGUGGGAGCACAUCUGAUGGAAGCAUGACAAAAUUGCCUCAUCUCACUAUAUUUGUCCCUCUCAUUUUUGCUUGUUUUUCGAGCUUUAUCAGCUUUUGAGGUUUCUAUGGAGGUUGUUUUGAGUACCAUUUGUCUGUGUACUAUUUGUGAUUGGAUUAUGUAAUAAAAAUGGACAAAUAUUGAGCUUGAUAUAUAUUGUUCGUUUUUAGGCCAACUGUUAAUGUAACA